GAUCUUGAAUCUUCUUCUGCUGAUUCCGUCGCCUCUACUGAACUGGAAGAUUCCUUCGCUGGAUGUGCUCCCCCGUCUGAACCUCAAGUAUUAUCGUAUAAGGAGUCUCUUGCUCACCUGACUGACAAUAUGAAUCUUGCUGCAAAUGAAGCUCAGAAGCUCCCAGACAUUUCCACCAACACUUUUGAUUACCAGGAAUCUGAUCGUGCAAUUGCUCUUGCUGAUCCUCCUUCUGAGAAUCCCGCAAGUGUUCCUUCUGACGAGGACCAUAUCGAUGCUUCCUCUGAACCUUAUUUUCCGUCCCUCUCUUCCGGAUUGUGUUCCUGA